AUGGGCAUUGCUCGUUACUGCCCGGUGUACAGCAAGCGCGGCUCCACUAUUCGUCUGGGGACUCCUUCAGGAGUUCGUUUUGAGAGCGGUACGUAUUUGGAAAUGAAUGGCAAGAUUUGUGAGCAGCUAAAGAACGACGAUGAGGUGUGGGUGGAGCUAGAAGAGGAUAAGAAGGAGACUGACCGUCCUAGCAUCCCGGGUCUACGUAGAGAUGCUCGUGUGAACGGCUCUAGCUCUAUGUCGCCACUCGCAUCGUCUGGGGUUAACACGCCAUAG